AUGGAUCGAUUAGAAACAUUGAAGGGAUUACGAGAAAGAUUCAAUUUGCAGAUCGAAGGCGAGCGACAUAAAUUUAUCCGUCAACUUUAUCCUCUUGUCCGUGAUUGGAUUGACGCAGUUCCAAAUCACCGAGACAUCUUUCGCGAAGGAGACAUCGAGAGUCUUCUAAACACUAUGCAUACGGGCAUAGAUAGUCUGCUGAACGAUUUGCGAAACAGUGAAUUAAUCGGGUUUUUGGUUCGCACCGGAUACAAGGACGAGCCCAAAGUCGGCGUAGACGACGAGCCGCUGCUGCGUCGAACCACACCGGUGCAUCGAGCGGCUCGACGUGUUCACGGCGCCUCCUACGCUAUCCGCAACCUAUUCCAGAUUUUUAACAGACUCGACGCGAAUUACGUCGACGAGGAUGGCGUGACGCAUUUUCACAUAGCCUGUCGUUACGGCUUCGACGACGUCGUCGAGAAAUUCCUCGAUCUCGGCCGGGUAGAUCCCAAUACAUGUCCCUUGCCAACAAAUGGCAACUCGCCGCUGCACUUGGCUCUGGAACACGACGGCCAUUUUGGGGUGGCCGCAUUGCUGCUGAGCAGAGGCGCGGAUCCGAACUCGACCAAUCUCGAGGGAUCGACCCCUCUGCACUUCCUAAGCCAGAAUUGCAGCGAUGACUCGGCGGAGCCAUUUUUUCGGAUCGUCGACGAAUUGAAUCUUUCGGUGCACAUUGACGCCCGGGACAAGCUGGGUCAGACGCCGCUGUACUUAGCUAUGAGAUACAGAUCAAAGAAGAAAGUCAAAUCGUUGCUGAGAAGAGGCGCCAAUCCAAAUUUGGCAGACUCGUGUGGAUUCACCCCUCUGCACGUACCUUGCGCGGAGGGGGACUGUGAUCGUAUUGGCUUGAUCAAGCUAUUCUUCAAGGUCAACAACGAGUUGAAUCAGUCGGUGGAGGUCGACGCCCGGGACAAGUGGGGUCGGACACCUCUGCAUUACGCCGUGGCAAAUCUUUUUCCGCAUAUUGUCGAUGAACUCUUGGAUCGUGGCGCUGAUCUGUCUGGCUUCGCUUUUCCUGCCGAGAAGGACUUUGACCAGUUCCAUGAAAUUGGGAACGAGCACGACCAUCACUACAAGUAUAAUCUGGUGUCCGGAGCGCUGGCAGUUGUCGAUAUCCUAGAGAGAAGGGGACGCGAGUUGUACCGUAGCGAAGCGCUGAUCGUCAUGAAAUUUUUCGCUAAGCAUGGAUUAAUCGAGAAGUUGAGGCAUUUCGAAUUCAAUUGGUACGAGGACGAGGUGUUCACGAGCAAAGCGAAAGAGUUCAUGGUAAAAGCGGACUUGUCGCUCUACGAUCUGAUGCAGUUGCCACCCCGAGAGGUGGAGAAGCUAUGCACGAACACCGACUUCUUGGAAUUCUUCAUACUGGGAUCAGUGGAGCGCAUUUUACGGUGGUAUCGAUUACCCGUAGAAUCGAGAAAGGCUUGCGCUAUGCAUUUGUGCGAAAAAAUGUCCAGGAGAUUUUUCCGGGACUGGGCAAUGGAGCCAUUCUUGGUGCUGAUUCAUUAUCGACUGCCGAUUCUGUGCUGCGAAAUGAUCAUCGAUAAUUUGAUGAACCAAGACUUGUGCAAUAUUUGUUUGGCCUUCGGUCAAAACUCGUGA